AUGAGAAUGAAGUGGGUUGUAGCUCUGUUUGCUGGACUUUUUGUGGUUGCACUGUCAAGUGCUGAUGCAGAAAUAUGGGAAGAGGAUGAUAACGAAGUUCUCAUUCGCAGCGAAAGGGGAGCGAAAAACAAAGAUCAAUGUCGCUACGUGAAAGGAUCGUGGACUGAAUGCGACACAAAAACUAAUAUGCGAACAAGGACCUUAACUCUCAAAAAAGGGGACAGAGCAACUUGUGAAUUAACGAAAACUAUUCAAAAGAAAUGCAAGAAAGCAUGUCGAUAUGAGAAAGGUGCAUGGAGCGACUGUUCCCCACAGAAUCAAAUGACACGCAACGAUUCUCUAAAGGCGAACAGUGAUCCGUCCUGUGAACAAAGUCGAUUAAUAACCAAGAAAUGUAAAACUAAAGGAGGUAGAAACAACAAAGGAGGUCGACGAAACCGACAGUAAAUGAAAGCCAACUGCCGCUACGUACUUAUGUAUUAAAUUGUGUUAACUGUAUUGUGUAAUAAAACUGAAAAACCAAGUGAAUGAAGAAACUGAACAUAAAAUAUAUUAAUGUGUUUUUGAAGAGAUAUUAAUGUGCUUCGUUUAAUUAGCAUAAUUGUCUCAUAAAAUGCUGUAUUCAAUCGAAUUUAUAUUACUCGUGAUUUAUGUAUAUAGAUAAUAAACAUGUCUACUACAUGAAUAUAUUUGCUCCAGAUAUUUGUGUAAUAUCAACACACAAUAUCAGUCUCACUAUAAACGUAGUGGGUAUAUACAAUGGUAUAAAUAUAAGCUUCAGUGUAGCUAAUGUCGUCUUGCUAAUAAUGUUUUCCAGAAAAUAUUGUAUUGAAAAUAUUGGAAUCUGUAAAGAAAAUGAUGUACCGUCUCGUCUCCUCUAUAAUGUUAAAUAAAAUACAUUCUAAUGUUUUUGUUGUAGAAUUUCAGAAAAUCUCAGUUAUCUUUGCUCAUUGAAUUUUCUCAAAUUCCAAAUAAUGUGAAGAGAAAUGUGUUCACGUUAUAC